AAUCAUUGAUCCUUUUGAAUUUGUACUUGUUGAAAAAUUGAAUGCCGUAUUAGAAGUUUUUAAUAACGCAACUCUUACUUUUUCUCAUGUUUACCAACCAACUACAAAUACAUUUUUAAAAGAGUGCGUUACAAUCGCAACAUGUUUUCGUGAAAGUAAGGCUGAUCCAGAUUUGUACCCAUAUGUCUCUCCUAUGAUACAAAAAUGGUGUUCUUAUUAUUUGUACAUUCCUGAUAUUUAUAAAAUAGGUAUUAUUUGUGAUCCACGCUUUAAAAUUGAAAAUUAUAAAAUUUUAAUUGAUUAUUACUACAAGUGUUUUUUAGAUGAAAAUAGUUAUUACUACUCUUAUUUAGUAGAAUGGAAAAAAGAAAGAGAUAAUGCUGUAACUUUUUUUGAGAAUUUGUUUGAGGAAUAUCAAGGGUUAUACGGCACUGUACAAGAAGAAACAGCACCACCUCCGCCCCCGAAAUCAAAAAAAGGUUUUGCCGGAAUAGUCGGUGGGCUUCUUGCAAAGAAAGGGAAGCGUGCUCAUUCUUCGACGAGUUCAAGUGGUACAACAGUAAGCUCGCACAACGAACUUGCUAUGUACCAGGGUGUGCCAUGCGAUUACGAUGAAGACGAAGUGGAUUUUGACGUGCUCGGAUGGUGGAAACGGAACGAACACAUGUUCCCAUGUCUCGGCAUGCUAGCAAGACAAGUGUUAUCCGUUCUGGUAUCAACCGUAGCAGUUGAACGAGAAUUCAGUGCUGGCGGCAACAUUCUAACCGACUUUCGAAGUUGUCUUAGCGCUGAAUCUCUUGAAACACUUGUUUGCAACCAAGAUUGGCUCUUGGCAAUACGUCGAGCUCAAGAGUCAACGUACCAACUCGAAUUGGAGCAUUACAUGAAUGCAACAACAGGUGGAAGUCCGAGUUCUAAAGAAUAAGUUAUAAUUUUUUUUGUUAAUGUAAAUAUGUAAUUAGUUUUUUUUAGAUGAGCGAUAUAUAAGCUCCUUCGAGGGUUUCUUUACGGUUAUUUACCUCGUCGCUUUUUUUGAACCGUCAGGAUAUUAAAUGUGGUUGUUCUUC